CUUUAUUUAUAGGAAUGAAAAUGAAAGUCGGUAGAGUGAUUAAAAGAAAGGGAAAUAUUUUCUAUUUCAAAAACAAAUAACAAAUAAUGAAGUAUUGUCAUGCAUUAUAAAAAAAAGCAUGGUAUCUGAUGUAUAAUUUGACAUCCUUGAGCUAUACAUGUACAUGGAAUGUGAGAUGAGGUGAGGUGAGCAUGGGCUGGAGCAGGGAGAGGAUCAAGCCACUCGCACCUGUUUGCCGGAUUCCGGAUUUUCCAGGUUAAAACGUAAAAUGGCGACAAACCGGAAAUGAAACAGGUGGACAUUCUUAACUGUUACAUUGUGGUUCUUUUUUUUUGUUGCAAGUGUGAUACGAGUGGACUUUUAUCUUCUUUGUCCUGGCUGGAUAAAAGGCAGAGCGCGCGCUGUGGUUCCAAUUCACUCCGAGCUGCGGCUGUUUUGAUCAGCUUUUACUCUCCUGUGCAGGAAUGAGAAACUCGCCAUGAACAAGCCAGGCGACUUUCUCCACCUCACGCUUUAGAUUGAAAACCAAACCCCACAUAGAUGUUUUAAAGGGCGUUCCAGCCUUGACAAACUGCAUCCAUACCAUCUCUUGUUCAUGAGGCUGUGACCUGGGACUAUGGAGGGCCCCCCUGCAUGCGAGUCCAACGUGACGGUGGCUGUUCGGGUCCGACCGCUCAACCGGAGAGAGAGGGAUUUAAAAACAAAAUGUGUGGUGGAGAUGGAGGGAAAUCAGACCGUGCUGCACCCAGCAGGCAGCAACCUUGGAAAAGGGGACAGCAGGAAUCAGUCCAAGGUCUUUGCAUAUGAUUACUGCUUCUGGUCAAUGGAUGAAACGCAGUCUGACAAGUUUGCAGGUCAGGACAUUGUGUUUCAGUGUUUGGGGGGGAAUCUGUUGAAUAAUGCAUUUCAAGGAUACAACGCCUGCAUAUUCGCUUACGGCCAAACAGGUUCGGGGAAGUCGUACACCAUGAUGGGUUCAGCGGAACAGCCCGGCCUUAUCCCUCGCCUGUGCAGCUCUCUGUUUGAGCGCACCAUCCUUGAGCAGAGAGAAGGAGAGAGCUUCACCGUCGAGGUUUCCUACAUGGAGAUCUACAAUGAGAAAGUCCGAGACCUGCUCGAUCCCAAAGGGACUUCUCAAGUGUUGCGAGUGAGGGAGCACAAAGUUUUGGGUCCUUACGUCGAUGGUCUUUCCCGUCUGGCUGUAACCAGCUAUAAGGACAUCGACUCUCUGAUGUCAGAAGGGAACAAGUCGCGCACAGUCGCCGCCACCAACAUGAACGAGGAGAGCAGCCGCUCACACGCUGUCUUCAACCUCAUCCUCACACACACGAUGCGAGACCUGCAGUCCGGAACGAGUGGAGAGAAGGUGAGCAAGCUGAGUCUGGUGGAUCUGGCCGGCAGCGAGCGAGCGACGAAAACUGGAGCUACGGGAGAUCGACUCAAAGAGGGCAGCAACAUCAACAAAUCUCUCACCACUCUGGGCCUGGUGAUCUCAGCGCUGGCUGAUCAAGGAGCUGGAAAAUGCAGGAAUAAAUUUGUGCCCUACAGAGACUCUGUACUGACAUGGCUACUGAAGGAUAGCCUGGGAGGAAACAGUCGUACAGCCAUGAUCGCAACUGUGAGUCCGGCUGCCGAUAACUAUGAAGAGACGCUGUCCACGCUGCGCUACGCAGAUCGGGCCAAGAGCAUCGUUAACCACGCCGUGAUCAACGAGGACCCCAAUGCCAGGAUCAUCCGUGAGCUCAGGGAGGAAGUGGAGAAGCUCAGAGAGCAGCUCACCCAGGCUGAGUCAAUGAAAGCGCAGGAGCUAAAGGAGAGGCUGGAGGAAUCGGAGAAGUUAAUCCGGGAAAGGACGAUCUCAUGGGAGGAAAAGCUGAGGAAGACUGAGGAAAUUGCACAGGAGAGGCAACGGCAGCUGGAGAGUUUAGGAAUCUCCCUCCAGUGUUCAGGAAUCAGGAUGGUGGAAGAUAAGUCAUUUCUGGUCAACCUCAAUGCAGACCCUGCCCUCAAUGAGCUCCUCGUCUACUAUUUAAAGGAUCACACACUGAUAGGCUCGGCUGACUCACAAGAUAUCCAGCUGUGCGGCAUGGCCAUUCGACCAGAGCACUGUGUGAUUGACAUGACACCCGAUUCAGGGGUGAUGAUCACACCAAAAAGGAAUGCACGUACCUGUGUGAACGGCUCUUCAAUCUCGGCCCCGGUCCAGCUGCACCAUGGCGAUCGCAUCCUCUGGGGAAACAACCACUUUUUCAGGAUAAGCUUGCCGAAGCCUCGUUCUCGUGCUGGGGUCGAAGAAGGAGGAGUGAAGAAGGCUCGGAGUGUGGAGCAGCUGGACGUGGAUCAGGACCGACUGAGUCAGGGUUCGAGCGAGGCCAGCUUCAAUUACGAAUAUGCGCAGGCUGAGGUCAUGAUGAAGGGUCUGGGUACUGAUGACCCGAUGCAGUCCGUCCUUCAGGCUCUGGAGCGCAGGCAUGAGGAGGAGAAGCGCUCAGCUCUAGAGCGCCAACGGCUCCUGUACGAGGAGGAGCUGCAGCAGCUGCGCAGACGCCUGAACCCUCAACAGAGAGGCAGCGAGGUUGGGAUUCCCUCCUCGUCCACGUCGUCGUCUCCGAAACUACAUAGCUAUCGAUGGCAUGGCAGUGAGGAGAGGGAGGCAGUGUUGGCGCGGAGUCUGCGGAAGCUCAGGGAGCAGAUCGUGAGAGUGAACCUGAUGGUGCAGGAAGCCGGCUUCAUCGCCGAGGAACUCAACAAGAAGACCGACUACAGCGUGACACUGCAGAUCCCUGCUGCCAAUCUUAAUGCCAACCGCAAGAGGGAUGCAGUACUGAGUGAGCCGGCAGUGGAAGUGAGACGGAAGGGCAAGGGGAAACAGAUCUGGGCGUUGGAGAAGAUGGAGAACAGAUUAGUGGACAUGAGGGAGCUCUACCAGGAGUGGAAGGAUUUCGAUGAAGACAAUCCUCUCAUGCGCUCGUACUUCAAGCGUGCCGACCCGUUCUUUGACGAACAGGAGAAUCACAGUCUGAUUGGUGUCGCUAACGUCUUCCUGUCCUGUCUCUUCUAUGAUGUUAAGCUGGCGUAUGCCGUUCCAAUCAUUAACCAGAAAGGAGAGGUCUCGGGUCGUCUGCAUGUAGAGGUACAAAGGCUGCACAGAACUUUGGAGACUUUGGAGGCAGGACAAGAGGAGGCUGAUGCCCAUGAACGCAAACUAGUCUGCAGGAUUAAGGUCACUCAGGCCACUGGGCUGCCACAGAAUCUCUCCAACUUUGUGUUUUGUCAGUAUGGUUUUUGGGACCAAGAUGAGCCGGUGUUCAUCGCACCCGAGGUCGGUCUGUCCACUCCGUCUACUCCGAAUAGCAAAGAGCCGCACUGCAGCGUGACCUUCGACAGCUGUAAGGACCUGGAAGUGACAGUGACUGAAGACCUAAUGGACUUCCUGGCCGAAGGUGCUGUAGCUAUAGAGGUUUACGGGCACAAAGUAGAAAACCCUCGGCGAAACCUAGCACUCUGGGACCUGGGGGUGAUUCAGGACAAGACUCGCUCACUCCGAGAGAAGUGGAGUGAGGUGUUGCGGAGGUUAGAGCUCUGGGUGCAGGUAUUAGAGCUGAACGAUGGAGGAGAGUUUGUCCCUGUGGAGGUGACGCCUGCCAAAGAGGUGCGCACAGGAGGAGUGUUUCGGCUCAGACAGGGCCAGUCACGGCGUAUUCAGGUGGAGGUGCGCUCCGUGCCCGAUUCUGGCACCAUGCCCCUGAUGGCCGAAUGUGUUCUCAGCGUGCAUGUAGGAAACAUUCAGGUGCAACCGACCUCACAGGUGAGGCACAGUGAGCUGGACAGCUAUCAGGAGAGGGAUUUGGAGAGACUGAAGGAACAGUGGCUCACCGCCCUCACUCAAAGACAAGAGAACCUGGACCAGCAGCUUCAGAAUCUCGUCAGUAAGCCUGAUAAAUCAGAAGAAGAUGUAGAGCGGGAGGCGCAGCUGUUGGAGUGUCGUCUCACCCUGACAGAGGAACGGAACGCUGUGUUACUGCCUCCUGCUGGCAGCGGUAUUCCUGGAGCUCCUGCUCACUGGAUUCCGGUACCAGGAAUGGAGACGCACAUCCCCGUCAUCUUCCUAAAUCUCACCGCUGACAAUUUCCAUGAUGGUCUCUCGACUCCGCUGGCCGCAGGCAUGGAUGCUCUCCUUAGCCGAGAGGAUGAAGACGAAGACGAUUUCUUUGAGCUGCAGAUUGUAAAGCACCACGACUCCAAGGUGAAAGCUGAGGCGUCAUGGGACUGCACAGUGCAUGAAUGUGUGGAGCUGAGUCGAGGUGGAGGGCCAGAGCAGAACGUGUAUCUGACCGUGCGCGUCGCCGUGCUCCUCAGCCACCCGGCACAGAUGCAGCUGAUUCUGCGCAAACGCAUCUGCGUUAAUCUCGCUGCUCGACAGGGAUUUGCUAAAAGUUUGCUGAAGAUGAUGUCUCAGCGCAGCAGCAUUCCUGGCAGCGGAGUCACCUUCGAGAUCGUCUCAAACAUCCCAGGGGAUGCUCAGGGCCCGGAGGACAGAGAGAUGUUGGCCAAACUUGCCACCAGUGCAGGGAAAAAAGCUGAGGACAGCGAGGCGGCGAUAGAGAAAUACCUGCACACAGUACUUGCUGUGGAGAACACCCUCACACUGGACCGCCUCAGACAGGAGGUGGUGGUGAAAGAGCAGCUCGCCAACAAAGGGAAGAGUCCGGGACGCUGUCUCAGCUCACCCAAUGUCCACAGGACUGCUUGGGAGAGACACCAGGAUAUUUCUGUGUCACAUUCAUCACUGAAAAAUGCAUCAUCUCAUUCAGAACUGCCCCAACACCCAGAGCCAGGACUUUCGGGCAUGGCUGCUGCUUAUUUCUCCCCAGUUAAAGCGCUAAUGAGUCCAAUGCCUAAGAUGCUGAAAUCCCUGCUCCCUAAACGAGAGGAGAAGAAAGACAAGAACAUUUCUUCACCCUCAGAGCCGCAGAAUGUUCCUCUCAUAGUAAUUCAGUGUGCAACCCCUCAAGAAGACCUCAGUGCUCCCAAACUGGAACAUGUAAAAGUCAAACCAAUACCACGACCAAAUACAGUGCCAUCUGUACCUGAAGCUUUAUCUUUCACUGUGGCCGACGUGCAUGCUUUACCAGUUUCACAAAUGACUGCAACAUCAGACGACAUUACAGAGAACACAAUGGAUGCCCAGACCACAGGCACAGUGAGCCAGACCCCAGACCGACCCGAGUUUAUAGAGAUUUUUCCUCUGGUUCAGUCUGAAAUUGAAGACUUGGCUCCCAGCCCAGUUAGCGAGGAAUCUAGCGGUUACAUCUCCACCAGCAUUUCUACUGCGACUUUAUCAGACACCUUAGUCUCAAGUACAGAUGUGAAUUUGGUGUCCGCUCCAGGAUCAGAUGCACAGGAAGCGCUCGAACCCUCACAUGAAAUAAAACCUGAAGAAGAGGAUGUCGCUAAAGGAGUGCAAUUUGAACCAGAGGAAAUGGCCGAACAUCCAAGGACGGAAGACGAAAGCCGAGAAAAUGCUACGGCUCCAGAUAGUCAAAAAAAACCUCACGUCUCUGAUGAAAAAUUUGAUCUGCUUUCAGAAAAAUCUGCUCUUCCAUCUUUCUCUCUUUCCAAGAACUUGGUUGAAAUUGAACCAUCUGUCGAGACCGAGGAGCCUGCGCUGCUUCCUGGAACUCAGCCAUGUCAUUCAGAGCUUACUUCUCUGAAAUCUCCAGCCUCAGCUCCUGAUCUUGAGAUCCAUCCCAAAACAGUACAAUCCUCAUCUGAAACAAAGAUUUCAGACCCUAUUGCUGUUCCCAAACCUCUGCCGGCACCAUCAGCCAAGCAAGAACAAGAUCUUUCUGUCUCGACAUCAACAACAAACCCAUUCAGAAUCCAGAAGGUAAAGGCUUCGGGCCUGAAAUCGUUCAAAGGCAUCCUUCAGGAGGCAGAGGAAGCAUCGGAUAAAGAAUUUGUGGAUCCUCUGGAGAAACUGGAGAUCCUGUCUGAGGAAGAAGGCGGGCGUGAGGAAAUAGAUGUGCCAGACUGGCUAAAGGAGGAUGAAUACGUCACUGUAGGCAGCAACAAAAACGGCACGGUGCGAUACAUCGGACCAACGGAUUUUGCGGAAGGAAUCUGGGUUGGUGUGGAGCUCGAUGUGCCAGCAGGUAAGAACGAUGGUUCAGUUGGAGGUCGUCACUACUUCCACUGUAACCCAGGGUACGGGGUCCUGGUGAGGCCGGACCGAGUUUCCCGAGCUUCAGGAACGGCUAAGCGGCGCAGACAGAAACGAAGCUCGCAAAACCUGUCAGGGUCAAACCCUAACUUGGCAGCCCUGACCGCCCUUGCCAAAGGUGAUGGUGGGCGCAGAGGGGAGAACAGGAAGUCCUGGAACACUUGAUCGAAAAGUUUUAAAAAGCUGCAUGGUGCAGAAUGGCCUGACUAAUGAAAAAUUUGUGUCCCUCUGACUCACAAAGAGCUUAACAGUCAGUUCUGCUUUGUGCUGGAACACUUCAAGGUCAACAACAGCUUAUUUAAAAAAAAAAAAAAAAAAGAAAAGAAUGAGCAACACUUUUUUUUUUUUUUUUUUAAGGGCAAGAGCUCCUAAGUGAUUUGUGACUCAUACUCUCUAGCCAAGAAGUAUAGCUUUUGAAGAACUGAGCAGCAUUUGUCUUGCUCCUGACUUCCAGUGUAAUGGUUACCAGUAAUGGAAUUUGCACAUCCAUCAUGUUUUAACAUAUACACUGUUAGAGUUACAGCUUAGACUUCACCCUCAAGCAGGAUAUUUUACAAUCGGUUGUACGCAACAGUAUUUGUAAUGAGGUAGAUCUACAAUAAGUGCCUUAAAAUCAUCAAAAUCACUUUGGGGAAAAUCUUAUGGCCAGAUAUGUUACAUUCAAUUAGUCAGCCCAGUGUGCCUUAAAAUGCUUUGAAGGUUGUGUUUUAAAUGUUACAUGGACAGAAAAGUCUAAAAAGAGGAACAAAAGGUAGAGGUUUAAUUUGAUUUUAAAUGUUUUUUUUUUGUUUUGUUUUUUAACAUGUGUAUUGCUGGAGGGGACGAAUGCUUGGUGAAAUGUUUUUAAAUGUGAUGUUUUAUUCUAAUGUUUGAAGUAUUACUGCAUACAAUAUGGUUACAAUAUACACACUGAUUGAAUGGAAAUUCAAUUCAAUUCACACCUAAUUCCCCAAAACACUAUUGAUGUUUUUCACAUAAUUGAACAUAGAACUCUGCUUUCAGAUUGCAUAUGUACAGUAUAUGUCAGAUAGAUAAUUAUUAUUACUGCAUCUGUUUGGUUAAAAAUUAACUCGGGACACCUCAAUUUCCACUCAAGUACAGGUAGUCUCUGAAUUACGAACCAUUGAGUUACAAACUUCCAGAUAACUUUUGACCACGAAAAAAAAAAAGACUACAUUUCAUUGUGAGAUUUAUUUCCUUAGGUGCUGUUAUGGUUUUGGCCAGUGUUGGCAAAAGGGACAGAUUUAGUCAAGUGGAUUGGUAUGCCUUAUAUUUUAUAUUUGUGUCAAAUGCAGACAAGACUCACUUUGUCCAAAGUACGAACAAAUCAGACUUACGAACAUGCUCCUGAAACGGAACUUGUUCGUAAGUAGGGGACAACCUGUAUUACAUUUUUCAUGUUGGAGUGUGAUUUUAAAAUUAAACUGACAAGUGUAUUGUUUUAUGAUGGAAUAAUCAUAAAGAAACCAGCUGUAGAUAGAA